AUGGUUUAUACGCCGAAAUUAGUUUCACAAAACAAUUCGUCACUUUUCGAACAGGACGUGAAUUCGUCACCGUCUAAUCAAAGCAGUGAAAGUAGAUUUAAUAGUAGUACUCAAUGGUUACGAAGACGUUUCGAGCAAAGCCAAGAAACUUCUUCCGCGUCUGAAUUUGGGGAUCAGUAUUCUCCGUUACUAUUGCGUGGAAAAAGCGGCAAGAAUUUAAAUUUAGGAGCGAAAUCUACAGGGUUUCAACCUUUUAGUCCUGUUCAAGAGCAAUCAUCUCCAACGUCAACCUCACCAGCUUCACCCACGUUCCCACAAUUACAAGGAUUGAUUAGAGAACAAUCACGAACAUCAUAUCAAUCACAAUUCCAAUCUAGGCCAACGAUAUUUCAAUCAUCACAAUUUCAAUCUAGGCCAACACCAUUUCAAUCAUCACAAAUUCAACCAUCACAAUUUCAACCUAGGCAAACAUCAUCAUUCCAAUCAAAUCAAUUUCAGCUUAGGCCAAGAAUUGAUACUACAGGAUCAACUCUAAGCAGUAUUCAGGGCAUUGCCCAACAGGAUAAUACUAGUAGACUUACAUCCUUCGCGUCGACACCCCAGCCACUUUUGCAGUCGCAACCAAGCACUUAUAUUACUCAGUCAAACGUCGCGCCUAUAAAUACACCAACUUAUACUGGUCCUGUUAGGACUUCAGAUUCAACAUUUGAUGUUGGUAUAUUAGGUAAUCGAUUUGAAGGACAACCAAUAUAUUCAAGUAGGCAAAAUAUAAUUGAACGUGAGAUAUCAAAUAUGAACGUACGAAUAGCCGAUUCACCCCUUGUUCAAUCAACACCCGCACCAAAACCGAGGCAGCAACAAACGUCACCUCCUCAUAAAUUAGAGAAUUUGCCUUAUCUUGCUCGUCUCCUAAUUAUUGAGCAAGAAUUACCAAAGAAUGAUUUUGAAGUAGAAAAAAGUAAUAGUGUGAAGACAUUGAUUUGUAACAUUUGUUUGGUGAUUGUUAUAACAAUUCUAACUUCCACAAAAUAUUUUCGGCAAUUUGAAAUCUAUACAGUUACAAAUUUCAUAGGCAAAAAGAAGAAACAGAUUAAUCAGAUCAAAGAACAAUUAAUGAAAGAAUUGGAACAAAAUAGUUCUUAUGAUCCUUCAUGUUACACAAUUAGCCCACCACGCCCUUCAAAAAGUAUAACUACACCAACAUCAUCAAGCACUGUCGUAUCAUCAAUCCCAACACAAUUUACAAUAUUACCUUCUUCAAUGAGCUUACCUUUCACUGGCAUUUCAACAACCUCGACGAUUUUCCCUUCUGCAUCUGCAUCUUCAUCGAAUUCAUUCAUUAAUGCUUGGGGUUCUUCUGGUAGAACACCUUUUCCACAGCAAAUUCCUCCUACGACGAAGUAUCGUCAAGCACCAUAUGUAACUCCGUCGAAGAUUGAUGAAAAGUUGAUUACCGUUGGCAACGUUUUAGCUCGAUCAUCACCAACUCCACAUCCUACCGAUAGAGAAACCUAA